AUAUGAGCGCUAUAGAAAGGGGGAUGCUGCAGCCCCGUCCCCCUCAUAUCGCUCUCCACCCAGCCCUAGAAUAAAAACCACCGGUGACGUGCGCGCAGGGAAGCACCCAGCAGUAUGUGCGCGCCCACGGGAGGGGCCGAUAGAAAAUGGCGAGUCUGUGCAAAAGGCAGCAAUGCACGAUAGAGAGGCGCGGCUUUCGGCAGGAACUUGACUCUUGGAGGCACAAACUCAUUCACUGUGUAGGCUUUGAAAGCAUCUUGGAAGGCUUGUUUGGGCCGGGACUAGUCAAAGACAUCACCCUUUUCCAAGACUGCGAGCCAGAGGAGGUGUCUGACUGGUCCUUUGAUGAAAACUGUCUCUUCUGCUGCUUAAGACGUGAGAAAGUCAAGGAGCACAGCGUGGAGAACGGUGGAGGCAGCCACGUGCUGUCGGAGUGUGAAGACUUCAAACAGGAGCAGUCUCGGAUCAGCCGACUGGAGAGACAGGCUCAAGACUUCCUCAAUGCUGUGUUCCACAGAAAAGACCUCCCAAGUUUCUCAGACCCUCACAUUCCUCUAGUGGCUCGUGAGAUCAUGCAGCGAAUGAUCCGCCAGUUCGCUGCUGAAUAUACCUCAAAAACUACUCAGGACGACCCGCCCCUGCCCAACGGCACCAUGAAGGACCAAAGCCUGCCAAAAGCGGUGUCUCUGGCCCCGGCCCCCAGCUCUCCGCCCAGGCCACUGGCUGCGCCAAACUCUCCUCCAUCAUCUGCCUCCUCCUCUCCAUCCCCGACCCCGGGACAAUGCUUCAGCCCCACCUCCGCUGCUGCUGCCUCAGCACUCGCCUGCACCCAGAGCAGCAACAGUACGGGAGCCAGUAAUGGUGGGGGGGGAGGAGGAGGAGGUACGGCUGCUGCCUCUGCACAGAAUCCCGUCCUCAGCAAGCUUCUCAUGGCCGACCAAGACGGCCCGUUGGACCUCACCGUUAAGAAGAACCAGGCUGAUCCAGAGCCCAGCCAGCAGGAUGGCGUCCUAGACCUCUCCACAAAGAAGAACCACAGUGCAGGCAGCCCCAAAGCUUUGCUCAACUUCACCCCCAAACCUGGACUCAAAGGACUUUCAAUCAAAGCAGAUCAUACCCUGCCAGAGGCGGAAGAGGAGGAUGGGCUGCUGCAGAAAAGUUUGCAGGACGCAAUGAGGGAGAACUACGUCAACUCUAACUCCUUCAAGCCCCCACUGGCCCGCUCGCUGCGUAUUAAGGAAGAGCUUCUCAGCCAGAAGCAUCGCCUUCUGAGUCAACCUCCUGCUCUUUCACUGUCUAAUCUAGAGUCAGCUGGCUUGCUCAGUCAUAGCCAGUCCCAUUCCUUGCUUGGCCAAAAGGGUUCUUCUUCAUUUUGGGGAAGUAAGGCUCACCUUGAAAGCCUAAUGAAGCUGAAGCAGGCCAGUGGAGCUUUGAGCGACCUCAAAGACCUGCCUACAUUCCUGGAGCAUCAACACCACAACCACCACGGAGCCUUCGCCUUUAAGAGUUCCCUUCAUCAUCACCACCACAAUCAGGUUUCCAAGGCCCAACAUCAUCACAUUGAAGGAAAGAGAGACCAAGGCCACUCUCCGCCUGUUGACCUGAAAAUCCCCCAGGUCCGGGGCAUGGAUCUUUCCUGGGAUUCCCAUUCCUCUGAGCUUUAUGGCUACGGUGCAAUGGGGGUCGGGGGUGGUGGCCAUGGGGACAACACCCUGAGCCGGAAGCUAAGAGCCAUUCUGCCAAAGCAGAACCGCCGAGGAGGAAGCCUUGGGAGCCUCUUGGAUGGGGCUGCUGAAUAUUGGAACUCAGACUUGGACCACUCAAGUUCUGGGCCGGCGUACUCCAUCUCAGAUGUGGAAGGGGACCCAAGCUCCAAGCAGCCAAGGAAGAAGAGAGGUCGAUAUCGCCAGUACAACAGUGAGAUUCUGGAGGAGGCCAUAGCUGUAGUGAUGAGCGGGAAGAUGAGCGUGUCCAAGGCACAGAACAUGUAUGGGAUCCCACACAGCACCCUGGAGUACAAGGUCAAGGAGCGCAUGGGGACCCUGAAGAACCCCCCAAAGAAGAAGCUCAAGCUGAUGAUGAAGAUGGAAGCAGGAAGCCAGGAGUUUCCCAACGAGUCAGAGAACACGCCCACUGCAACCCCACGAGGCGACGGUGCAUCGCUAGCAGCUGCCGAGCUCAAGGACAAUGUAAAAGAAGAAAUCGAUGAUGAUUUCAAACCGAUCGACUAAACGACUUACACAUGUAAACCUCAACUGACUUAAGUAAUUUGAAAAUGGAUGGGGCUUUAUUUGUGCCAAUUUACUUUGCAGUAUCUGGGUGAGCACAAAUGCAGGGAUUAUAUGAGGAGGAUUCUUAAACUGGAGAGACACAACUAAUCGGAUGGUUCUUAACUAGUGUCAUUUGAGCGAUGCUAUAGAAGCAUUUGUUCAGCUUUUCUAUUCAGGGGCUUAACAAAUGCAGCUAAAGACAUUAGGUAAAUGACAAUUAUUUACGCAUGCUGAUAAUCCCCAACCCCCAAAAAUUCUCUCCCGUCUUUUAUGAACUUGAUACACUGAAGCAUUGCUGCUUAUAAAUGCAGUCUGCUUUGGAUUAAUAUGAUAAUGAUGGGGAAAAAUAAGGGGAAGGUUGAAAAUUAACUCCUUAGAAGAAGUGACAAAUUGGUCCCUUUAUUGCUCCCUCUUGCUCAUCAAGUACUAGCUCAAAAUUGCAACUGUAAGGUUUAAUUGUACCAUUGAUAUUCCUCAGUUAGGGUUCGGAAUCAAACCCACUCUCUUAUUGCCAGGUAGCCAUGACGCUUUAACUGAAAAUCCUUUUCUUUCCUCCUUCAAAUAUUCUGCUAAUUUCCGUGCGGACGAAAAGCAAGAAUAACCCAUCCUUUUUAUGAACGAGAAGACACAAAAGUCAUUCAGGGAUGCAUGUUUGUGAGUUUCGUGGACACUACUGACUUCUGUAAUCAACUUCUUUUCCUCUAUCUUUUCGUUUGAUUUGUUUUGCUUUCUUUUGCACUACAUUUUGAGUCUGGCGCUUACAGACCAGGUUACCUCGGCAUUGUUGCCCAUGCAUCAUGCACUUAUUAUGGUCUGUCUCUGAAGCCCAGUCACAACUUUGCAAAGGGUCAGAGGUGCACAUCGCCUGCAUACGCUGAUUCAUAUUCAGAUGCAGGAGACUUCUUUAACCCUCUUUUUUGCCAAGGGACAAUUUAAGGGGUGAUCUGCUUAUGGAUCAGCGGGGGGUUUUUAAGGCGGAAUGCUACCUCACGGACCUCCAUCAGUCUCUCACUGCUGAUCCUGGAAAGCCGGAGCCACCCGCAAACGGUGACUAAAGUGAGCUCACCCUCUCAUGAAGAUCGUUACUGGACAAAUGCCUUUUAGGAUCAGAAUGUGAAACUGUGCUGCUACCCAGUUCAUUAUCCAGUUCCUAUAGAGGCUUUAGUUAACCUAAGCUAAUGGAUUUUGGCUUCUUAGCUAAUGACACCAUAUUGCUGAUGUUGUUUUUUCUUUCCUUUUUCUAAUCAAAACCAAGCAGAAGCAACUCACAUGAGUUUUAAAAGAAAUUCUUCUCCCUAAAACUUCAAAGAUGGUUUUAAAGGCAGUUUACUACAACAAUGUGCAUUUAUUGUGGGGUGUUCAGUUUGGGGUGGUGGGUGGGUAAUAUGCAGUGGGCAGGGGUAGUUGGUAGGUGGGGGAAAGGCAGAUUUUAAUAUAUUAUAACUUAUUAUGACUGAAUAUGUAAAAGCCAAUCCAUGAUUCUGGGUGUUUUUUCUCUCUCCUCAUUUUUAACUCAGGGUAACUGAGACAGAUGUGGAUUACAAAUAUGGUAAUUUCCUGUUGGACCUAAUAGUAGAUGAAAAGAGGACACGGCAAGCUUCUCACCAGUGCUUUGACUCUGGGAGGGCCAUAUGGAUAAUAUGGCGGUGCCAUAGCAGCAGAUAGACCUUUAAGGAGUACUCGAAAAGAACAGAACACUGAUGUUGGAUUUGUGGAUUUAUGGCGCUGAACCUCUAAGAUAGCACUUUUUAAACACAAGAAGAAAAACAAAGGAGAAAGAAAGUUUAAGGUUAUGCAUGCAGUGUAGCUCUUUUCUGAGGAAUACAACAGAGGAGGCAAUGAGGAGGUCAGAGAGAUGGCAUAAAAAAAGCUUUAGUGUUUCUGAAAGGUGCAGCUUGGACCCAAACCACUUAUUUUCCUCUCAAUUACCUCCACCAUUUAAAAAGAAAAGAAAAAAAGUUUGACAGUUUGAACAAGUUCAGUUUUGUGUAGUGUUGUCUCGUUGUUUUCCCCUCCCCUUCGUCGCUAAAUGUCGCUCUUCGCUCCUGACACUGCCUGGUGCUCACCCAGUCUGUGAGAUUUUUGACAUGAGAAUUGUAACUCUCUGCUCAGAUGAAAUGACGAUGAUUCACUCCUUUUGAAAUGUAUUGUACAUUUUAUUUAUUUGAUUUGAUUUUGUUUAUUCUCUUUUAACAAAUGGCAUGCACCACUAUUUUUGGCUGAUUUUGGGUUUGGGCCAAUUCAGAAUAUUAAUCUUGAGAGUAAUAAUAAUCCAACACAGUUAAGUAUUGAAUCAAUCACAAUCUAGUUAUGAUUAAAAUCAUUUACUACCUGUUGCAAUCUUCUCCCACCCCUGGGGUUACUGGUUGUCCACUUUGUGUGACUGCCAGGCAUGCAAAGCUAACUGAAGUAACUAAAAAAAACAACAACAACAACAAUAAAAAGUAGUAAUCCUGGGACAAUAUAGCCAGGAAUCAAUAUGCAUGAAAUGCGUCCAACACUUUGCCAAUGCUGAGCAUUUGAAGUGUCUAAAAGGUUGCCGCGUGCAUCAAGUUGGACCCAGCGAAGGACAAUGCACUGAUCUGAUAGUUAAAACAGGAUCAAAGCCUGAGUGGUGAUAGUAAAGCACUUGUUAUGAACCUGCCUUUGAUAAAAGGCACCAAAGCUGUGAAUGAAAGUAGGAACAAAACACAUCUCACAUUGUGUUCUCUCACACCAAUCUCCCUGGUCAUGUAAUAUGUUUUUUAAAAAAAAACAAAAAAACAUUUAUGCACUAUGUAAUUGGCGUCAUGUGUGCAUAAAUUAACUCAAUUGGCACUUUGACUGAAAUCCCCUGAGAGAGGCGAUUCCUUGAGGGCCAAACAAUAUCUGCUGUAUAAUUUAUUCAAGUGACUAAAUCAUCUACAAAACUUUCCUCUCGACCUUUCUUGAACCUGUUAUGUUACAGCUGGCUUUGGCUCUGUAUUUGUCAUUGCUUUCUAAAAGUACAAGUCCCAUUUUCAGCCUGAACUUAUCUACUGAGGUGCAUGCCAUUUAUAUAUACACAUAUAUUUAUUUUGUUUCUUUUUCUCUUGGGUUUCGUUGAUUGUUUAUAGUCAUGUGGUUAACCGCUCCCCCUGUCCGAAAAUGUCCUCCUCCUUGCAACCGAGUCUCACUUAUGUGUCUAUCUAUUUAUAUUCUGACAGAAUAACAAACACUCAAGUUAAUGAAUGUAGUGACAUGAAUCUGUCGAACAGCAGUCUGCAGAUGCUUGAUUUUUUUUUAACAGACUGUUGCUUUCUCUCCUUUUGCUUUCUGCUGCUGUCAUUGGAAACACAGUCGUUUUCAGUAGCCUUUAAUACCGCAAAUGUCUCAGGAUCGAGCCAGUGGGAUGGGCAGCAAUAUUUGUCAGUCGGAAAAUGGCGCAUGACUUAACUACCUGUACUGAAUUAGUAGACGUGUGUACACACGCACGCGCUCACACACAACAUGCUAACUUGGUCAGUAGAGACCAAGUGCUAUACCUCAUUCUCAGAACUCCUUUCCGUGCCUCGUACUUUCACGUAUCCCUUACCUGGGAGCUUGGCAAAGGUGUAGUUGAUACUCUGGGAAAUACAGUAUCCUCCACUGUUUCUACGCUUUUAUAAGCUUUUCUUCUUUGUUUUGCCUUCACAUUGCAAAAAAAGACACGUCAAGUGUCUGACUGACCAAUACUUGCCACCCACCGCUUUUAAGGUAUUUUUUUAUUUGCGAAAAAACAUUAUAGCAUAGGGGACUAUACAGCUAUCCCAGGUUUAGGUUGGUCUUAUAUGGGGAGAGUAAAACCCUCUUCCUACUAAAAUUCUAAACAUUUACAGAUUCAGUCAUCUGGUUUCACCCUGGAGGCAGUGAGUCAGGUUGGUUCCACCCUGGUUUGAGAAGGAAUACGUUUUUUUAAAUAUACAUAUGUUUGUUUCCAAGUGUAACAGAACUCCAGGAUGAAACCUGACCAGGGUACUUUUUGUCCUUUUUCUCUCUCAAACCCAGAGAAAUCAGAGACCCAGCAGUGGAGAUUGGGGGACAGGUGGACAAGUUAACCUUCCUUUAUGAGCUGUGAUUUUUUUCCUAAACAUUUGACACUGUAUUCCCAAACAAAACAAAAAAAACGCAGCACGCACAGGAAAAUGUCCUUAAUGAUGUUCAAAAUGAAAAAAAGCUAUAUCUUAUGAAUAUGUAUGUAUUUAUUUUUACUGUUUUUUGCAUCUUCAUGUGAGCUAAUCAGUUUCUCUUUGUUUGUUUUUUUUAGGUCGGUUGUAAUUCAAUUUGGGGUUUUUUUCUUCUGAGAGAAAGACUGACAAAGAUAUAAAAAAGAGAAAAAAAUGUCAAAAAAACAAACAAAACAACUACUGUAACCUCACUUAUUAGACGACACGGGAUGCGCCAUUCUGUCAUUGGGCGGUGCACGAUGUUGUGGGAUACGAGGAAGGAAAGAAUUGUAUACGAUUGCCGUGCACCUCUCCGCAGAGAAGUUGCAUCUGUUUCUUAUUCUGUCACGCUGCAUAUCUGGUUGUCAUUUAUACCUCAGGUCUGACCACUUCAAAGCAGCUGAUUGUAUAUUAGAAACACACAAACCAGAAGAAUCAGGAUUUUUAGUGCGGCUCGUUUCCAGAUUUUUAGAUGUAACUGACAUAAGCAGAUUUAGAAAAAAAAUUUCUUGUGAUUGUUUGUACUGUUGUUCUUCAAAUGGCAUAUUUGUUUGUUAAACAAAAAAGAAAAAUGAAUUCUUUAAAAGCCAGAAGCCAGGUUUCCAUGAAUACAGUUCUGUAUUCUUGCUAGCACAGAGCGCGCGCGCACGCACACAAACCAAUAGAGACGUGACGCACCCACAGCAACACACAUUCUCGCUCCUCAUCAGGUAGCCACACUUUGUGUGGGCGGAUUAUAUGUAUAAUUAUGAAGCUGGAGUCUGCCGUGUCUCUUUUAGAAGCAGGUGGGUGUGUUUUGUCCACAGCCUGCAGAACAUCAGCCCUGCUGGCUGAUUUUGAUCUGGCACACUGGGGCACUGCAGGCACUGCCUCUGUGAAAAUCACUUUGUUUGUUUCUUGCCUUUCAACAAAGACUCCUUUUCCUUUUUUCUGGUAAAGGAAAAAUCCUCCCUACAGUUGUUCUCUUCUAAGUGGCCAGUCUGUGGUGCUUUGUGCAUUCCUGCAGUCUUUUUUAGAACAUUUCCUUCAAGCUACCUAGUCUAUUUUUGCUGCUGUAAGUGACAACCCUCAAUUCCCAGGACUUCUUUUCACGGGGCCUGGAGGAUGGGGAUGAAUUUAUUGGGUGGUGAGGCAAUAGAAAUGGAACAAUUUGGAGUCGAGGGCUGCAUUUGGUUUUGGUUGGAUGUGGGGAAAUCAAUAGCAGAACGUGCUGUUUAUUUGAUAUAGAAAGAACGUAAAGCGUUGUAUCUGCUUGCCAAAAAGCACAAACAUGAAGGAUGACUUCUCGUCAAUAAAUCAUUCAAGUCUUAUUUAGAAGGCAUGUUCGAAGGAGCAUUUUCUUUAUCUGUUUUUAAAUAAAAUCCCACAUUUGACCUAUAGCGAGACACUUCAAAUCAUAUAAAGGUAAAGUAAGCAUUGCUCCUCGACUGUCUCUUGCAGGAUUGCACGCUGGUCUCUUGAGAUAAUUUGAGCUUUAGGCUUGGAUUUAUCUACUUAAAGACAAAAAUGAUUCUGGAGUCUAAGAACCAGCUGCAGGAAUGCACAGCAUAUCACCAGUAGUUAAAAUGAUGGAUUAAGUCCCCAGUCCACAAUUAAUCCCAUUUUUGGACACAUGUCUGAGAAAAAUAUGCCCAGUGUGCUUUGGGAUGGAUUUUUCUUUUAACCACAUAUCCAACUGCAUAUCCAAGAAUCAUUUUGCUCUCUUGCAACAGGAUCUGCUGCACUCGGAACGCAGUUUUCCAAAGUAAGAAUCGGCAUCAACUAACAGUUACAGUUCUCCUCGUCCAUCGUAAGCUGUGCUGUUUCUUCUCGACACAUUUGUACAAGCGCUGCUAAGAGGUCUGUUGAAAUGUGCAUUUCCUCUGACGCGGAGCGUGAUGCCAAGUUUUUUAAAUGUCAAAGUGUUUGUGACAAGCAGUCACUCAGGAGCAGGUUGGCUUUGAAAGCAGAGCUGAGUACAGGUCUUAAAGGCCAGACACGCCUCUGGAAUGAUGCUGAUCUGCAGCAAUCAACACAACAGACUCCUUCACUCGCUGCUGUUUAACAGCAUUAAAGAAAUGUGGACGUGCCAGGGUAUUUUGGCACAAAUCACAAACUAAUAAUGCCCUCCAAGGAUAAAAAGUUAUUUGAACAUUUUUCCAGUAGGCUUUGAUUAUUUUUACGGGGCCGAAUAAGUGAUUACAUAAAGUUGUUCAAUCAGUGGAAUCAAGAGUGCCUUUUUGAAGACUCUAAUCUUGAAUUUGAAGACACAAUCUCAAAUCUAGUGCUCAAGGGUUGGUUUCUUAAUCAAGUAUAAUCUAACAACCUGGUUGAAAUUACAAAGUAGCUUGAAGAGUGGCAUUUUUCCUUCAAAGAAAACGUUGUGAGAUUCAGGUCAAAUUUGUAGGUUUAAAAUUCACAGCCCCACCCUCCUGUUACCUUGCUUGAUUAGGUUACACCGUGAGAGGCACACAGGCACACUUUUUUUAUUUUCCUUACCCAGCAGACCCUCUUUGCUGGUGUGCAUCUCAGCCCUCCUUACAGACAGUCAGAUAGAUGUAGUGGUCUGAGGAGGUGGAUGGGAGUGCAACGGUGAAAUCUAAGUGAAGUGGAGAAGAAUAAAGGCCGCCGAAGGUCGCCUUCCCCACCCCCACGAUACGGUUAAACAUGAGGCUUUUAUUGAGAUGAUGCUGAAAUUCACUUCAGAACUCAACAUUAGUUUACUGCUGAUCUGAAGCUUUUAGGUACAAUUGGGGGGGGUGAAAAUGCAAUUUGGGGCUUUGUGAAGGAACUCUGAGGUGCUCUUGUGUGUUGCCAUGACAAUCUUGCAGCAUCGUUCCCGUGUGGAGGUGUGUCUGGCCCUUUACAGCCACUUACAUGGACCAGCUGGUCUCUGUUCCUCUGAACUCAGAACCAACUCUGCUGACACCUGUUCACAAAGAUUUAGGGUCUAAUUUGGAUAUUUUAGUAGAACUUAAGCAGUGCGGCAGAUUCAUUUGCUUUUGUCUAGUGUACUUUGUGUUGAGGGAAAUGCUACUGGACUAAGACACGAUGCUACAGACCACAAAGAUUGAAAUUGUUGCUACCUCAGUCUGUCAUGUCUGUAGCAAUCUAUUCAGAUGCAGAGAAGUCUGCUGCACAAGGCUGACUUGAAAACUGAAGCGUAUUUCCUCUUAGGUAGUUAAACUCAUUUUUCAUUCGUUCCCAGGCUGUACAUCCAUGUGAAUCUUCAUCAGCCCUUUUCAGGGACCUCUGGUGAAGUUAAAUGCUGCAUAGAGGAUUUUAUCAGGCUGUUGGUUUUUUCCUUACAGAAAAUGUGUCAGAUUUUGAUUUUCCUAUCUAUAAAAAGUUUCCAGUGAUGCUCUGUCAUGCCGGCGCGUCUCUUUACACACUUCUCAGAAGACUAAUCAUCAACUUCUUGAUACCGUCACUUUUUGUCCCGUGGUUAUGUGUCAUUCUCACAGCAUCUUUGGUCGUUGGAGCGUGUUGGUCGUUGGAGCGUGAGCGCUGCAGGGCUGACAGGGCCUCAUUUGUUCCCAGAGAGAUGGGGCGUUCCUGGGCCACUGCAGGUCUGUCACCUUUCUUCAGGCCUUUUCAUAAAUGUCAUUUCCUUCUUCUUCUUCUGGUGUUCUGUUUUUAUUCUGGUAACUCUUCACAGAAGCUUUUCUUUUCUUGGGUUAACUGUGUACAUAUUUGUUUUUUAAAGACAGGGCUUGAGGCUCUUUUAGCAACAAGGAGAUCACUAUCCUCUGGAAUACUGAGUCUUUCUAGAAGGAAAGAAAACCCACUGAAAUUCUACAUAUGGGAUUUGGUUAACAUUUCAGCUGUAGUGUAAAUUUUAUGAACUCUCCCCAAAAUAUACUCCGUGUUUUAAAGGUUUGAUCUCUUGUUUUGAUGGUUCAGGGUAAUGAGCUCGGGCUUGGCUUUUGGUUUCUAUGUUUAAAAAAGAGAGAGAGAGAGGGAG